UAAAACUAUCCUCCAAAAAGCUUAUCCAGAAGCACAGAAUAAAACCCCAAUUGGGGUGGAAAAGAAAUUUCCUUUGACAUUAUCCGACGCCAACCUUUCCUUCUCUGUCUUUCUCUUUGGCAGCCAUGGCCAGAGGAAGAGGGAAACUGAUAAAGAAAGUGCAAAAAAUUGCGGGUGACAAAUUCAAGUUCUUUGGAACUAGAUUUGAGUACAUUUUGGGGUUCCCAGGCAGAGUACUGCUCUUUCCUUUCACUCUUGCCAUUGACAUUGCUGGCUCUGCUCCUCGUGGCUUUGGCAUCCCUGAGUUUAUCUCCAGGCUCUCCUACACUUCUGUCUUUGCUAUUGGUGCUUUGGGAACCUAUGAUAUUGCAUUGAAUCUGGGAAAGAAGGUGAUAUGUCAAAGGAAAUGUCGUACCUGCAAUGGAUGGCAGGCUUUGCGGUGUACUAUGUGCAAAGGAUCAGGGAAGGUGCGCUAUCAAGUGAAAAAUUACACCUUGAGAAGCGGGGAGAAAGCAACUUCAGAAUGUGUUGCAGAUGCUAUUGCUGACAAUCGAGCAGAGUUGGUGCACCUUCCAUCCACUAUUGAUCUGAAUACACCAUUGCCAUAUAAAGAAUGCCCAACUUGUGAUGGAACAGGAGUAAUGCACUGCCCUGAAUGCAAGCACAAAUUACAAGUCAGGAUCUCUGCAGAUGAUAUAAUGGAACCUCCAUGGAAAGCCUAUGAUAUCUUAAGGAAGAUGGACCAACCAUAUGAGCACAUAGUUCACAGCAUGAAGGACCCCAGCAUUGCAGCAUUUUGGUUGCUUACCCUGCCUCAGAUUAUGGGUGGGUUUGACUAUGAUGAUAAUGUGAAGCAGAAAAUUUGGUGGCAAUACAAGGAAUCUAUGCGGUAUGAUCAACUUAGAGAUGCUGUGGCCAAGAGAAAUCCUGGCUGGGAGCACUUGCAGGAAGGCAUGAUUGCCAUUGAUCCUGCCCGUGCUAGGGAUGACCCUGUUGUAGUGAAAAAUAUUCGUUAUUACAAGGCCAAGAAGGCAUUGGAAGCAGAAGUCAUGAAACUUGAUCCUCCUCCACGGCCGCAGAAUUGGGGUAACCUGGACCUCCCAUUAAAUGCGUCUUCCUGGAGUGAAGAUGACCUUAAAGAUCCUGCAAAACUGUAUGAAAUGACUGUUCUUCUUAGUGCUCAAAGAGAAACUGCUGAUAAACUUCUAGAUGCUCAGUGGGAAACCAAAUGGCGUCAAGAGAAGUUAAAUGAGAUGUUGAAGGAGAAGAUGCGUCCAUACAUUCAGAACAUUGAUAAUGUAGUCCUUCCUCGGCCAAUUGUAAUACAAUCAAAUCAAAAGAGGCGAAGGAGAUGGUUUUUUUUCUAAAUCAUUUCACUGGUUUUUGUGUCUGCUCAUACAAUGGCUAUACUCAUCCAUUUUCUGUGUUAUAUACUUUUUAUUUGGGCAUUAUUACAUGCAUUAUUGCAUGAAAAUGGCCUUACAGGAGCAUUAUUUAUCGGUGUAAGUUAUUGAAGCAUAAAGUGGUACUGUGGUUGUCAAUAAUACUUUUCGUUAAUCAAGCAUUUGUGUGGUUGGUUUGCUUCGAGUGCGAAUCACUUUCUAAA